ACCAAUGUGGACUCAUUUUUAUAUUCCCACCCUGAAGCUUUGGUCCUAAUUACGGGCGACUUCAAUUUUAGAAGCACGGGUCUCGAUGCAAACCAUCUUAAAAGAAUUGCUGGUCUGACGCAGAUAGUCAAGGUAGCUACCAGAGCUGAUGUAACUUUAGACUGGUGUUUAACCAACUCAAAGGUGGAUAAUAUUUACGAAUCAAUCCAACUUCCUCCCAUUGGAACCAGUGAUCAUUAUACGAUUCUUAUGAAAGCCCAACCUUCUCCCUCAAAGCCAGACAAUUCACAUAUAUGGAAACGUGAUCUCAGAGAUAGCAGGAUACGGCCUUUUGGACGAUAUAUCACUACAUUUGACUGGUCUCCUAUCUUGGACAUACAUGACUGUGAUACAAAAUAUGAAAAGUUUAACGAUACAAUGACUGUGAUGAUUGAAAAAUUCUUUCCCUUGGAACGGAUUAAAGUACGAAAGUGUGAUAAGCCUUGGAUGACGUCAUCAAUAAAGUCUGCUAGUGGGAGACGCCAAAAAGCCUUACACGAAAGCGGGAAAAAUUCAGAUAUUUAUAAAUAUUGGCGUAACAGAGUCCAAUCAUGCAUUAAAGUUGCACGAAAGAUCUACUAUAUGAGGUCAGUUGAGAAAUUAAAAAAUUCUAACCCGGCAAGAUGGUGGAAAGAAGUGAAAGCCAUUGGUGGUCUCUCGUCAAAAAAUUCUUGGUAUUCUCAGCUAUUUUCUGAUGAUGUUCGGAAUUGCGAAGAACUGGCCGAAAAUUUUAAUAACUUUCUUACUGCCCUUACAUCACAUUUUGACCCUCUAACCCUCGACGAAAUCCAGGAGGGCCUAGAAGUACCAAACCAUUACCUCGUUGACGCCCAACAGAUCUAUAGGAAAAUUAGUAAAAUUAAAACCACAAAAUCACCGGGUCCUGACAUGUUUCCAAAUAAAAUCCUGAAAACAUUUGCCUUUGAGCUUGCCCCAGUUAUCUCAGACAUUUUCAACUCAUCCAUGACACAAGGCACCUUCCCAAAGGCAUUGAAGAGAUCUAUUGUAGUGCCUGCCCCUAAGGUAUCACCCCCAAAGAGUAUUGAAGACGACCUACGACCAAUAUCUUUAACAUCUCAGAUCGCCAAAGUUAUGGAGGAUUGUACUUUGGACAAUUUUUUUCCUGAAGUUGUAAAUAAACUUGACACCAAACAAUUUGCACUCCCCAAGAAAUCAACGACCCACGCUUUGGUCUACCUUUUACAUUCAAUCUUGGUUGCUCUUGAGAGAGGUUCCUGUACUGCCAGAUUGUUCUUUGCAGAUUUCAAGAAAGGUUUUGACCUAGUAGACCACAAUGUUAUUAUUAAAGAAUUAACCCUGCUUGGUACCCAUCCCUCUAUAAUUCGGGGGAUUAAAGCCUUCCUCUGCGAUCGCGAACAAUGUGUCCGGGUGGGAACUUCUAUGUCCUCUUGGAAGAAAACAAAUGGUGGCUUGCCACAAGGUACAAAGUUGGGUCCAUUAUUGUUUGCUGUUCUCAUUAAUUCCUUACUCAAAAACUGGCCAAGUAGGAUCAAGUUUGUGGAUGACACCUCAGCCCUAGAGAUUAUACCACGUUUUUCAUCCAGUUUAAUGCCAUUAGUCGUAAAUGAAAUCUCGGACUACGCCUUAGAACGUGGAAUGGAACUAAAUUAUAAGAAAUGCAAACAAAUGUUGAUCAACUUUCUUAAAUAUAAAGGAUCUGAUGAUGAAACCCCGAUCUAUGUUGCAGGUAAACCGGUGGAAACUGUGUCCUCUUUCAAACUCCUAGGUGUAUGGAUAUCAAACGACUUGUCAUGGAAUACUCAUGUCGACAUGGUAUUGAAAAAGGCAAAUUCUCGCUUAUACGCAUUGCGUCGGUUAAAAAAGGCUGGUCUUCAAGCAUCUGACAUCGUCCAAAUAUAUAUCUCAUUCAUCAGAUCCAGAAUUGAAUAUGCAUCCCCUGUAUGGUCGUCAAUACCUAAAUCAUUAUCUGACAUUCUGGAAUCUGUUCAAAAGAGAGCAUUGAGAAUAGCUUAUCCAGAUCUGUUAUAUGAUGAAGCCCUUGAAAUUUCAAACUUACAGUAUCUGAGUACUCGUAGAGACAUCUCUUGCAAGAAAUUCGUCGAAUCUCUGCGACGUGAUGUUUCACCCUACAACCCUUUGACCCAAAUUAUGGAAAUUCGUCCCGGGGUAAAAACUCAUGAUUAUGACUUAAGGAAUGACAGAACGGCCGAACAACCUUUAUGGUCAGAAACCACUGAACGGUUAAAAAACUUCGUGACUAGGAAAUAUUAUUAG